UUGCAACAAACAUCCAGACAUUAUUAAGCUUCCUAUUUUGCCGGACAAAACUGCUGAAGCAAUCGAAAUGGCCUCCCACGGUAACUCAACAGCGCGUCUGCGUCGCACAUUCCAAUAUCCAAACGAUGACUCCGACGACGAUUCGCAGUUCGACGCCAUGGACGAGCAAGAGCAAGAAGCCUAUAUCGAACGUCUAGCAGCAGAAAACAAGGCCCGAGACGUGGCCUUUACGACAUAUCUCCUCGCAUUCCCAGUUGUUUCGACACUGCCAUACCUGCUGUCCAUCUUUCGCCCCGCAACCAUGAUGAUCUCUAUUCUCGCCCUCACAUCACUGGCGUCGACAGCAUAUCUCCUUCGCGUCCUCCCACCUGCAGUCACUGGCCUUGCGCCUAUAGACGCGUGGUCAAGCUCUGGGGUCCUGGCGGGUGGUCUACGCUCUCCAAUCGACACCCAUCUUCCGUACCUCAAUACAGGUCUUGUUAUAAUGCUUGGGCUUAUGGAGCUUGUCGCGUCAAUGAAGCCAACCACAGGGCCGUUCUGGUUUGGCAUGGGGUAUCUACCAGGCAUCGUCUUCGGCGUAGUGACGCUCUCCAAGUUCCUCAUGGCUGGUGUAGAUCCGGAGAAGGAGCUGACAGGUCUACGCUACGAGUAUCGUGGUGCUUAAUGAGCGAAGUUGAGAGAGUAAUAUAAAACAUAAGAAUUUCAUUCAUGGCGCACAUGAGCGCCUUUUAUUAUAAUCUAGUUUGGUGAUGGUCAUUUCUAUAAUACCCAAAAAGCAAAAAGUGGCUAGAAGCCAUCCAUCAUGAAUCUACGUCGUACAUAGAUCCAUUUGUGUCAUAACAGAAGCGCUAAAGAAAGAGAAAACAUAUGGGAUAUCGGCAGGUCAUUGCCUACAUGUCUAUCGAGUCCGUGAACUUGAGGAUUCCGUGGCUCUUCAGGACACCAUCGACACCCUUGGGUGCGCGAGGGAAGGGGUCCGCCGAAGGGCUCUGGUCAGACGACUCGGAAGAUUUGUCCAUAACCAAGGCCAGACCGUGAGACUUGACAGCAUCCACGAGAGCAGGCACCAUGUCC